GACUAUCUGGUUUCCUACUUUGAGAGCUAGUCCUUACAAACUGAAGUAGGCCACACAGUGGUGGUGUGACGAAACAAUCUCAAAACUCUUUGGCGCCAAAUAUUGAACUUUGAUUUUGCUUUGUGGAUUGGACACGAGCAGUCAUGGGCGGAACCAGAAGUGGAGUGAUUUUCACAAAUACCCAAUCGGUGCAACGGGCGUUGGAGAGUGCAAGAGACCACCUCUGUGACAGACCAAAGUCGCUGAACAAAGUUUUAUUUGCGUUUUGAAGCGCACAGAGCUAUGCUUUAAUGCGCCAUAAUGACUGAACAGACACAAGUUGAUUCUCCAGCGCUCUUUACGCCCGUCACUGUAUAUUCUCUGUUGGCAUGCGCUGCACAGUUUAUUGUGGGAUACCUGUUUGCGCGCUUAUGGGGCAAAAAGUGUUCAACCACUGAUCAAUGGGUUCUUGUAUGGUUGUUCUACGACGCUAUUGUCCACAUCACUUUGGAGGGGCCGUUUGUGUACAUGUCCCUCAUCGGUACAGUGGCUACGUCUGACAACAUCAUUGCAGAACUCUGGAAAGAGUAUGGGAAAGCCGAUACACGCUGGUUGUAUUCAGACCCAACCAUCGUGGCUUUGGAGCUGUUGACGGUCGUGCUGGAUGGCUUUCUGGCUCUACUGUUGGUUUACGCCAUUGUGAAGGAUAAACACUACCGGCACUUCGUCCAGAUCACCCUGUGCGUGUGUGAGCUGUACGGCGGCUGGAUGACCUUCUGUCCCGACUGGCUGAUGGGCAGCCCGAGCCUGAACACGGCGAACUGGCUCUACCUGUGGGUGUACCUGGUCUUCUUCAAUGGGGUGUGGGUGGUGGUGCCCGGCCUCCUGCUGUGGCAGUCGUGGCACGCACUCAAGACCACCCACCACCUUCAAGCAGGCGACGCCAAGAAGAAUAGAUGAACGACGUUGGUCAGACAGAGACCACAUGGAGUUUCCCUUUUCCAGACAAGGCCAGUUUUACCAAUACGCAGACUAGUAGCCAAUCAAUUGCCAAGAAAAAUACCCUCUGGAGGGGGCCCCACCACUCAGUUCUGCCAUGGCAAACACCAGCAAAAAAGAUUAAAAAGGGCCCCCUCUCUAUAUUUCGCCGAGGGCCCUGAAAUGGGUAGAACCGCUGCUGUUUCUAGACUCUCAGAUCUGUUCAGAUGAAAUGCUCAUAAGGUUAAAGGAGAAUUCCUGCCAACUUCAGCAAACAGUUAAUUGCUCACGCUACCUUUGACUUGUCAAUACCCAACAAUGCUUUUGUGUUGUUGUUAUUCAGCCCUUUCCGAGAUGCUGGCCAUUGUAGUGGGGGGCAUGGUUUGUUUACAUUUUAAAGGGGCACAAGGUAGGAUGACGACGUUUGCGUGGUGCCCGUGGCAUGCCUGUCUCAAAAUCUACAACGUAAUGAAAAAAUGCUGUUAAAAUAAACUCAGCGUGAGAAUGUUAUUCAUCACGGAAUGCCAGCAGUUGAUACAAAUCUGAAUACGGUAUGUAAAGCAAUUUUUCAUAUGAAAAGUGUAUCCCAUGACACUCGUUUGGACCGCUCUGUCAAAAAGUUGCAUUUGGGGUUUUCUGGCAGCGCCAGCGGACCAUGGCAGUGAUCACGAGAGUCAUUGUUCACUUAUUAAUGAUUCACAUAACCAUCGGCUGACUCGGGAUAGUGAUUAAUAAACCUUUAAUCCUACCUGGAGCCCCUUUAAUAAAGCACACAUACACACACACACACACACACACACACAUCUCAACAUACUCCAAAAUAUCACCCAAAACAUUGUUUGACAUCACCACUUUACAACACAGCCAUAACUUUUGGGAUGAUGUUUGGAUUAUGUUAAGACAUUUUUUUUUAAAAGGUUAAGAAGCCCAUGCCCUCAUUAAAAAGGGCAGGAUCUUAGGAAAGGGCUGAACAAAACAAUGCUCUGUGUCGCCAGGCAUUGACAAAUCAAGGGUAGCAUGAGCAAUACACAUGGUGUUGCAAUUGGGAGGUAUUAUCCUUUAAAGACACUCUCAAACAUAAGUAUCAGUUACACUUUAUCCUAACAGUCCCUGUACGAAUGUACUGUCAUUAUGAAGUACCAUCUAACAAGUAAGAUAUACCAAGAUGCAGCCUUCAGCACACUACAUGUGGCGGAUUAAUCAUUCCCAUAUGGUGAUCAUGAUAAUAUUCUGGCAAUUGUGACUAUCAGCCUUGGGCAGAAAUGGCACAACUGCUCACCACAAACCUGAUCCAACCAGCGCAGAGUUCGCCGAUCAUAAGAGUAAGUAAGAAAAAGUAAAGAAAAAUAAAUAGUUUCCAACACAGGUAACUUUUCUCUUACGAUCACCGUCCUCUGAACUAGUUGGAUCACACUUGUGAGGUUUUUAGUGUUUUUCAGUAUCAACACUAUCUACCUCAUUAGGUACAAUGAACUAAAUGGUGUAACAUAUCAUGAGCUAGUGUUGUACUUACACCAUGAAUUUAUUUUUAUUUGUACUUUUGACUCCUCUGGUUGUAAGGGACCAAUGUUAGAUGUGAGUAGUGAGUACCAGAUCACAGCAGACACUACCAACUUCCUCUUCACACUUCACACUGAUACUGAUACUGGGAAGAGUAGAGGGGAAAUUGGGUAUUUUUACAUUUUCAGGAACAACAGGGAUUGUGAUGAAGUUAGCUACAUGUAAAGAGAUACAGCUGUUGGUUUAAACUGCAUCUGAAGAGUUCAGAUGCAAAACCCCCUAAGUGCCU